UCUCACUGCAACACUCACACUCACACACACUCACACACACACACACACACAUUACACUUGGCAUUGUUACUUAUUUGCUUAGGGCCUAUUGUGUUCUGCCAGCCAGAGCUGCAUUGAGCGAAAGGGAACAAAACAAUAAAGUAGAUUUAAUCUCUCUCUCUCUCACUCUCUCUUUAAAACCCACAACAGAAGCAUUUACUGCCCAGUUGAUUCGGACACUCUACCCUGCACCUCCAGAAAGAGCCUGCACACUCCUGCUGCAGUCCAGAGAAACAGCACUUGACAAACAACACCGAAGUGACCUCCAACUGCCAGGACUGUACCUGAUCCCAUAGCCUUCAAAGAAAAGGGCAACCUGACUCUGAGCACAGCGGGAAAAGAAGCAAUCACACCCCACUGCUGAAACACGACCCAGUGGACCGAGAGACAGAGGGGCUGACAGUCGUGUGUGGUGCCCGGGAAAAGAGGCAGGAUGCUGGCUCAAAUCCUUCAAGAUAUGUGGGUGGAACCUGAGGUUCUAGAGGCCCUCAGUGAGGAGCAGAAGAGGAUCCUCUUCCUCAAGAUGAGAGAGGAGCAGGUACGCCGCUGGAAAGAGCGCGAGGAGAAGGAGGAGAGGGAAAGAGGACACAACAGGAACACCAAGUCAAAGAAAGCUUCCAGUAAACACGUGAGGUGGCUCCUCGGGCGGGAUGGUGACGUGAGCGUCAGUAUAAUCGGUGAGGUGGACGAACUGAGAUCCUCCAGACUCCUCCAGAACCUCAUGAACAACAGAUUCCAGUCUGAUAACAUGGAUGUCAUCCAGAGAGUGGACUUGCUUCCAGGAAGCGAGGACCAGCAGCUUAACCUUAAAGAAGACAUCCAGCUACCCGUCACACAUGAUGACACGGCUUCACCGAAUGACCAGUCAUCCGAGGAAGACAUGGACUCGUGCAGCGCUGAUGACGACCCGAAGGACACGGCCGAGGACAGCGACAGCGAAUCAGGCAGCGGCUCGGACAACCUCAGCGACUGGACUCCGCUCUACAAGCCCCAUUUUAGUAGUCAUGGCAACCAGCCGCUCAGAGCCCCGCUGGCGGACACGGAGAAGACCGGCCCCCAGGACAGAGAAACUGCGUGCUACAAAGAGAAGCCAGAGGGCAGAGGUCGCGUGGAGCAGCUCAGGAAGAAAUUCACAGAUAAUCAUCACAACACAUCAACUGCCUCCAAGAAACCACCCAUACCAGCCAAACCUGCUCAUCUGCAGAAGUGAAGCGCACCGCCGACCCAUUAAGACUCCAUGUGUAUCCCUGCUACACAUGACCCCGAAGAGCCUACUCUAUUGAGUGUAAUGAGCCCUCUGCAGAAAUAAGCACUCUGUUGUACAGCAGCAGCUCAGGCUGAGGCUGCACGUACCGAAAGAAAAGGAUUCUGACUUGAACCCGAGCAGUGAACAAAAAUCCACUUUAUUAGACCUUAUUUCAAGGUCCGAGCUACAGAAAGAGAAACAUCUGGGGGUGGAGUGAGAGAAAGACUUGAAAGCUUUUGGACUGAAGUCAACCUGAAUGAUAAAACUAAGCAGCUUUGAUGUUGAGUUGAAAUUCGAGCACAGAUACGCUCACACGGCGUCUGUGAUUGGCAGGUCGACACAGAGCGUGGUGUCCAGAGAGACACGCGAACACAGACUAUUGACUGCAGGUGAAAAACACUGUGGUUUUAUUACUGACAUGUCAUAAGCAGGAAAAACUGAUAAAUCACCUGCAUUUUUUUCUUUACUGAUCCAAAGGUGGGAGAUAUGUUAAAUGUAGUCCAUGUACCGUAUUACUAUAAUGUUUUUAACUGUGUUGAUUGCUUGUUGGCAAAAUUCUCCUUCAGCGUUUUAGCUGGCGUAAGAGUUUUGGGUUUAAAAGAAAACAACCAAAUUCAUGUUAAAUUAUUAACAGGGUCAGUAUACUCAGUGUACUUUCUACUGUCCCUGACAUUCACUGACAGACACGGACCUGCUCAGGAGGCCUUUCAGGUUUGGUGUCUUGCUCAAGAACAAUUUAUCCAGAUGUAUAUGAUAAUAUAUGUGGCAGCCUACAGUGCCUUUUUUUCUGUCAGAGCAAAUGUUACCAAUGGAGUAAAGGCCACUCCAGCACACUCGACUUGAAAAGAAACUGUACCUAUCAGAUUCAAAGGGACUAAACUGUGGCUCUUUUUGACAGAGCUGCAAGCUCUAGCAUGCAGCAUCAGGUCUCUGAGUUGAUCUACCAAUCCUGUGUCAGGAGUAUAAUGAAAGUGAAUGAUAUUUGAUAGAAGCACUUAUCUUCAUUAGAUGGUGAAUUCUGUCUUUUCUAUUUUUUUCUCUGAAGUUGACCAUAAGACUUUUAGUAAACUUAGAUCCUUUAAGUCAGCAGUCCCCAACACCCAGGCCACAUGGCUCCAGUCUGUGGCUCGUUUGGUUCUGGUCCGUGAGAUAUGAGGCUCGGGUGUGAAACUCAUGGUUUUCAGGCUUUCUAUCGGUUUUUAUUGUUAUUUUUUUAUCGGUUUUAUCGUUAACUCGGUUUCCCUGGGUCUUUUCCCAUGUGUUAUGAAUAAAUCUUCUUUUUUUGUCCA